AUGAUAUUACUAGUUCUUUUGAAUAUGCCUGAAAUUUUCGUUUAUUUAAUUAUUUCCUCAAGCGUGGUAGCCUUAAUUUUUGGUAUUUCACUAUGCUGCUUUAUAAAGGCACUUAGAAAUCAAAAAUUGAAUUGCUAUUCAAUAUGAAAGCUCUUGGCUCCUUUAUUGAUUCUAAUGUGGCUCAGUUUUGUAAAAUAUCCGAAAUUGUGUUUAAGUCUGUUUAUGACUGAAGAUAUGCUGCUAGUCUUCAAAGAAAUAUAA